AUGUUCUGGAAGUAUAAGAUGAUUUCUGGGGGACUUUGUUCUCUGCUGAGAUAUCUAGUGUUGGGUUUCAUAAGACAAAGGGUUUUCGCCGGUUUGUCCCGCAUUCUCGUUCCUAGAAAACGCAAGGAGCCCGAAAAAGUUGUGGAGGUAGAGGAGGUAGAGGAGACGGAAGAUGAGGAAUCCGAGAAAUCCGAAGAAGACGAGGAAGAUGGGAGCGAUGAGGGAAGUGAGGAAGAUGAAGAUGAUGAAGAAGAUGAUGAAGAAGAUGAAGAAUAUGAGGAGGAUGAGGAGGAUGAGGAGAGGGAGGAAGGCGAUGAUGAGGAAGGUGAGGAAGCUGAUGACGAGGCGGAAGAUGACAAAAAAGGAAAAGAAAAGGAGAAGACAGUCGAUAUCCCUCCAAUGACCAAGGACCAAAUAGAGAUAGCUAAGAACUUUGAUCCCCGCGAACCAACCGCGAAAGAUGCCAAGUUCUUUUUCAUAAUUCUUGAUAGUAUCGAAACUGCACCAGAUAUAGAUUGGAAUCGUGUUGCUGAGCGCGCUGGAUGCUCCAAUGCUUACAUGGCUCGUUCUCGCUUUGGACAGAUUAGGGCCAGACUCCGAAAAUAUUACGAGGUAGAUGCACAACCGCUCGUCCCUAAGAUUACUGGAAUGCCUCCUCCCGAAAUAUAUGCCUAUCCUCCUGUACCCGAAUCCGAGAAAGAGAUCUUGAACGACCCGGUUUAUGACAGACUCGUCAGACGAAAAGCGGUCAGAGUCGGCAAUCUCCAAAAUAUUGACCCCAAGAAGCCCUCAAAGUUCAAACAAAAUCGUGGCCAAGGAUACAUUCUUAACAGGAACGAUGAUACCGCAGCAAACUUGAUCAUUACUGCUAAUCAGCGCCAUGACUACGACUCCGAGAAUGAGUUUCAGAAUAAAGAGGAAUUCGACCUGAGUACUUAUCAUGGAUUUGACAAAGAAACGAACACCCUUACUGUCAGCGAUCAAGGCUCUGACGAUGAAAUCAAGGAGGCAGCCCCCGUGGUUUUAGAUGGACUGUCGCACAACUUCACGUAA